AUCUUCUCCCAUCACGGAAUAAUAUAUUUGGAAAAGAUUUUGAAUUACGCGGGUGCACUGCGCCAAUCGCAAGUGUCGUUAGUGGCGCCACGCAACGAUUUCUCUAGAUAACAAUGAAUGUCAGAAACAAGUAGCCAACUAACAGUCUAUGUUUCUCUCUGCUAGAUGGUGUAAUUCGUGGUUGCGACACCGUGGGAGCCGCGCGGUGGCGACCGCACACUCUCGACUACGGGAUCGCGCAGUGAGUUAACGAGUUGCAUCGAAACGCGAGACAGAAGUGCCCAUAUGUAUUUCGUUGGGUGCAUCGCCGUCGGCCAUUGUCUCUGACAUGGAAGCCCAUCAAAAUGGCAGAGGUCGUGCAGAUGUUUUUGUUCCUAUAUAAAUCGAAGUACCGUCGGAAAGGGCAGUGCCGUGAGGUGGUACGCGAUCAGUGCGGUGUAAUUGCAGUGCCGUGGCCGAUACUGUGGGCGGCGCUGAUCUGUUGGGUGGUGCACGUAACCGCGGCAGCCUCCACCUCUUCGUCGUCGCUGACGACGGAUACGAGCUGCGACACGGACAGUUGCGUCAACGGGGACUGUGUCAAUGGCACCUGCGUGUGCCACGAGGGUUGGCAGGGCUCGGCGUGUCAAUUCUGCGCCGGAAAAGUCAGACUGACGGGUCCAACAGGCUACAUCCACGACGGUAUCGGCAACUACACGGCGGACGUGCGGUGUUCCUGGCUGAUCGAGAACAACCCGAAUUCCACGAUACGGAUGCACGUGGAGCAGUUCGCGACGGAAUGCGGUUGGGAUCAUCUGUACAUCUACGACGGUGACAGCGUGGAGGCUCCUUUGCUUGCCGUCUUCUCGGGCUUGAUGCACAAAGAUGGUUAUCACAUACGCAGAGUGCCGGAAGUGAUCGCCCGCUCCGGAAGCGCUCUGUUACACUUCUUCUCGGAUGUCGCGUAUAACAUGAGCGGUUUCAAUAUCACUUAUAAAAUCAACGCCUGCCCCAGCAGGUAUUCGCAUAUCGACUGUUCCGGCCAUGGUGUGUGUAUCGAUGGUGUGUGCACGUGUGACGCCACGUGGACCGGCGAGGCCUGCGAGAUUCAAGUUUGCCCUAAUAAUUGCUCACACAGUUAUGGGCAAGGCGAGUGUAACCGCGAGAGCCAUCACUGUGACUGCGCUCAUGGCUUCAAAGGUUCAGAUUGCAGCCAGAAGAGCGACCGCGGAUUUUGGGAGAGCGUGUCGUACACAGACUUCUCGCCAGAAGGGUCGGCUAGUCAUUGUUCCAUCGUUUGGAAGGAUUCCCUGUACGUGGUCGGUGGCGAGAGCUUCCAUCGCGCCAAGAUGAUAUACGUUUACGAUUACAACGGUAACGUUUGGGAGACACCGCACGUCGAAGGAAAGGUUCCUCUUCCGCGUUACGCUCACUCGUGCGUGCUCUUCGGCGAUAAGAUAUUCAUGUACGGUGGUGUCUUGCAAAAUUCUACGGUGACCAACGAGAUCUGGGCGUUCGACGUGUCGGCCAAAGUCUGGGAGAACGUUACUGUACACGACAACUAUCAUAACAACAAAACUAUGCACGGUCCUUUAAAGGUAGCCGGACAUACUGCAACUUUAGUGCAGGGCCAUGGAAGGAAGGAGAAAAUGGUGGUGAUAUUUGGCUACUCGCCUCAGUACGGUUAUUUAAACGUAGUCCAAGAAUACUACUUAGGUACCCGUGAAUGGCAAAUCGUUGAAACGAUUGGUUUCCCCGUGAAAGGUGGUUACGGUCACACUUCCGCUUACGAUCCCUUAACCAAUCUGAUCUACGUGUACGGCGGUUACGUGUCCGAGUCGCAGAGCACGCAAGUGUUGACCAACAGAUUGUACUCUUAUCACCCGAAUCAUCAUGAAUGGACUUUGCUCACGUCUGCUCCGUCUGCACGGUUCUUUCAUACGGCUGUCUUCGUCUCUGGGGGUUUGAUGAUCGUUUUUGGUGGUAACAUGCACAACGACACGCAGCAUUCGGAUGGAACUAGGUGUUAUUCCGCGGACACGAUUGCGUAUGAUGUUACGUGCGACUCGUGGCACCAGUUUCCUAUGCCCAAAGAGAUGACUGACUUGCCCAGGUACGGCCACAGCGCGACUGUGUUCGAGAAAUCGAUGUACAUCUACGGGGGAUUCGAUGGUCAGAUGUUGUCUGACAUGUUGAGAUAUACCCCAGGCAACUGCGAGCAUUUAACAAAUCAGAACCAGUGCUUGAAUGCAAGAAUAGGCGUGAAGUGCGUAUGGGAUAAGCGUGAGAAUAGAUGUAUACAAAUUACUAAGAUAUCCAGACACGUGCUCCUUAACGACGACAUGCACGACGGAGUUUAUAUGAGAUGCUUGGACGACACGCCUCCGCGAGGAAUGACGUCUCACAAGGAAUUAUGCAAGCUGCUCACGGACUGCGUGGCGUGCGUGCAAACCUCGUACAACUGCGUGUGGUGUGGCAAAAGUUGCUCGCACGAGAUCUGCCGAGAUAAUGCAAACGCACCUUCGACCAAGGCGAUCAGUCGUUUGGAACAGUGCGACGCGCAUACAGGCAUCGAAUGCUUGCAGUUGCACACGUGUCACGCAUGUUCUAGCAAUCCCCGUUGCAUCUGGUCGUGGUCCAAUGGACCUGACCGGUGUAAGCCAUAUUCGAAAGCUCGUGAACAGGUGACCAUUCUAAAUGGAACUAUUCAGGCGCAAAGACUGUCCAUAGAUUCUUGUCGUAGUCCGUGCGUGGAGUACACCUCUUGCAAAAAUUGUACAGAAUCGGAUUGCAUUUGGUGUCAGAAUGAAAAGAAAUGCGUGGAUAAGAACGCAUAUCCUGCGAGCUUCCCUUAUGGCCAGUGUCGGGAAUGGACGACGAUGGACACCAAAUGUCGAGCUACGGAGACUGGGAAGGAGUGGUGUACCUUUUACUCGUCUUGCUCCGCUUGCCGUUCGGAUCCUGGAUGUGGAUGGUGUGACGACGGUUCAGGAACCGGAAAAGGGUUGUGCUUGCCUGGUGGAGCUCGUGGUCCGAGUAGCAGAAGCUUGGAUACUUGCCCAUUCGAACGAUGGUACUUUACCAAAUGUCCUACUUGCCAAUGCAAUGGCCAUAGUAAGUGUCUUCCAAACAGUAGCGUGUGUAUUCAACCAUGUGGGAAUUUGACUUAUGGACCUCACUGCGAUAAAUGCAUUCCUGGCUAUUAUGGGAGUCCCUUAAACGGAGCAACUUGCCAACCUUGCUUCUGUAAUAACCAAGGUACGCAUUGCACAAGCGAAACGGGAAAAUGUUUCUGUACAACGAAAGGGAUUAUAGGAGACCAUUGCGAACGAUGCGAUGUGACUAGCCUCUACCAUGGAGAUCCUACAAACAAGGGUUCAUGUUUUUAUGAUUUGGCGAUCGAUUUCCAAUUCACAUUCAAUUUAAGUAAGAAGGAGGAUCGUCAGUAUAGGGCGAUUAAUUUUAAGAAUUCUCCGCCGAAACCAGAUAUCGACGCAGAGUUUUCCAUUACUUGUUCCGUUCUUGCAAAAAUGAAUAUUACCGUGAAGAAGGGGAAUACACCGGAAAUACCGCUUCUUCGCGGCGUGAACUGUACGACGACCAUGUACAAGCAUCGUUUUGACAAGGAUGGUUAUGGUUUGGGUAGCGAGGACAACACUACCCUGACCACAUUCUAUGUAUAUGUGUACGACUUUCAGCCACCUGUAUGGAUUCAAAUCUCCUUCUCUCAAUACUCCAAACUUAACCUCCAGCAGUUCUUCAUAACAUUUUGCACAGAUUACAUGCCACCACCCAGGUGCUUCCUCGCUCUAUUAUUGGUGGCUGCUGUCCUCUGGAAGAUUAAGCAAAAAUAUGACAUGUACAGAAGAAGACAGAGACUCUUUGUAGAAAUGGAGCAAAUGGCAAACAGAGCGUUUAGCCAAGUUUUGGUGGAAAUUGAAAGGCGGGACGUUGAUAAUUCGGACUCGGAGCGAAGUGAAACCGAAUUAACCAAUUGCCGCAAAAAGAAAAAGGAUGCCCCUAGUCCGAUCGCAUUGGAGCCCUGUUGCGGUAACAGAGCAGCGGUCCUGUCGUUACUAGUCAGACUGCCUACUGGCGGUGAACCGUACACACCGGCUGGUCAAAGUGCCGGUUUAGCAGUAGCGUCUGCGUUAGUUACACUGGGUAGUCCGCGAAGGCCUUCUCAGGAAUUGACGACGAAAGAGCCGAAGAAAUCACGAAAAUCUGCCAGUCAGCAUCCAGACUCCACUUGCAUUUAGCGAUAAGGACCUCGAAAGUAGAGACAUGUAAAUGUAAACUACGCCGUGGGUGACUAUGAGCCUUAGACACGUUUCUGUGAUCUUGCCUACGCAAACGGGCAGGACUGUUACGGUUAAAACGGAAAAAAUCUUCGAACUCGGAUCGAGUGAAGUGCGGUGAUGUUUUUUCGCGGCGAAUUUUGCGUUUCGUUUCGUUUCCGUCGUAACACGAUGAUCGGUCGGUAAAACCGUUCCGACGUCCGGUCCGUAUCCCGAGGAGAAUCGCAUCCGUCACAUUCAAAAGCGUCAGCUAAAAAGGAAAUACCACCGGACCCAUUCGUUCAGCCGUUGGUGUAUGGUAAGUAACGUUACCUUGUUUGGCUGACUUGAAAGUUUUAUCUGUCGAUUCCUUCCGUUUCUACGUGACGAUGUACAGUGAGUGAACAUGGUAGGCUUUCUUAGGGAAAAUGACGAUGUAGGAGAAAAGGAACAUUACUCGUUAAUUUUUGGUUGAUAAAUUUUCGAAUUUUACGUAUUUGAUCAAGUUUUCUUCUCUGUAUUAAACCUUUAUCCCAAGAAAGCUUACAUCGCACCCAGGUGUACAGUGUUUUGUAUAUAGAUUUAUUAGGCAGUUCUUUUUCUUUCUUUUUUUGUCAUGGUUUCGCAAUCACUGAACCGUCUCUGGGAAAAAAAUGUUUCGUUUUUUACUGACGUAAUGUAAUCUAUAGUUGCGUUCCUCUUUUGUUUUAUGCGGAAUAAGGGUUCGUUCGAAGCACGAACCACCUCUAUACAUAAUUUCGAUAGACUUCGCGAGAGAUCGCGGUAGAACAAAACGCGGGAAAUCGGUGAACGAAACGUUGAAAAAUUCGAUUUGCCAGUUGCAGUUCGAGGAUGCUUUUCGUUCUCUCUCUGUUUUGUAAAGUCGUGUAAAUAAUUGUGUGCCGUAUUUCCAAAGUGAACGGGGUAUCAUGACGCAAACAAGAAAAAAGAAAAAAAAUUGUACAGAUUUAAGCUAUUUGAAAAGAGAAAAUAGUCGAAGAGCGAGUGACAAGGAAUAUAUCGAUUUUUGUGUAUUCGUCUCUAGUAAGAUGUAAAAAAAAUUCAAUUCUAAACUAAGGGAAAUGAAUAGAGGCAACAAUUUUCGUUGAUAUAUCGAUCGCGUGAACUUCGAAUUCCAUGUUUACAUUGUGCCAAAGCAUUUUUCAUAUUGGUAUUAUUAUAAGAAGAGAAAAAAAUAAUCAGAGCAUCACCGACGAAUAUAAAUUUCUAUUAGAACAAAAUAUUUCAUUUCGAAGAGUUCACAGAAAAAUACCGAACAUGCAAAUAUCAUUUUUGUCUCUAUUCAUGUCCAAGAGAAGUGAAAAAUUCGCUGCACGAUCGAUAAAACUAUUUCGAGAGACAAGUUAUCGAUUGUGUAUCAUCGUUUUUCUAGAAUAAAGUCCGCGCGUUUUCGAUCGUGCAGCGAUUGGCGUAAUUUUAAUAUACAUAUAAUAAACUUCGAAAAAAAAAUGAAGAAGGAUGUGGACGUUGCAAUAAAGCUGUUGUAAUAAUCGUGAUAAUUCUUCGAUCAAUGGUACGUUUUCCGUUUUCGUUACAAGAUGGCGGUGCUGGUUGUUGCAUGUACCAAAACUUUGGGGUUAGGUUUUUAAACCAAACAAAAGCAUGACACGUGUGUUAUAACUGCGUUAUCGCUAAUUUAUUUUCGAUACACGGAUUUUUAUUCGCCUGUGUGAUAGUUUAACAAACAUUAAUUGCUUCCCCUGUAAAAUUCAACCUGAUCUCACAUUUUUACUUGCUAUUUUAAACUCAUGCCUUUGUUGAAUAGUGUGUUCCAUAAAACAGGGGACUUUUCACAUUCUAAAAAAAGGUUUCUACGAUAACCACCAGCACUUGCAGGAGAAUAUAAACAGAAUUUCAUGUAGAGGCAUCGUCUAUUUUAUAUUUUAAGUGAUUUUUAGCGUGCAAGAAACUGUUUGUUACACUGUUCAAACGUAAUUAGAGAAUCUCUUGUUUAGAAAAUAACCGGUGAUGAAAAAAGUAGCAUACACUAAUCAAUUGUUUUAAGAUUUUUUUAUAUUUAACUCGUUUAGCCUGAUUUAGCUUCCAACGUGUAGGUUACUUUGUUCAAUCGGGCAAUUUUCUCUAAUUACUUUGAUUCAUGUAAAAGACUCUAGUAUAAUGAAAGUGCGUUCUAGUUUAUUAAGGUUUUGUUCACGGAAUGUAAAGACAAAGACAGCUAUUUUCUCUUUUAUUCGAAUCAUUUGUACAGCACGGAUCAAGUGCAAUGCAUUUUGUUUUACCAUGUAAUACUCAUCGAGUUUCUUUCAUUCUCUCUACUUGUAUAUGAAGACUCCAUUGUGAGAAUGCAACCAGGCACAGGCGUUAAAGUUACCUUUCGCUACAUCACCUUGAAAAUGGAAGAAAUAUUUAUUCUUACCAAGUGGCUGUGCCGUGGUUGCAUUUACGUAGACCAUGGUGUACAUUUUAUUACCGUAAAGAUAAUUUAAUUUUUUAUACAACUGUUUAUUUGUUUGUUUGUUCGUUUGUUUUCUUUUUUAUCGGAACAACAUGAGCAUCUCUCCUGCCCGUUUCGAGACGCGAUAUUGUUCUUCGUGCGAAAAUUUCGUUGUAAAUAGAGUAAAUGUUAUGUUAUUUAAAACAAUAGGAAUAUUGGGUAUUGCUCAACUCUGAGUAGAUUUUUUUAUCAAUUUUUGUUAGUUGGACUCGUUCGAUCAAAAGGGAAUGCAUUUAGCGAGUAAAGGAACUUUGUAAUCGUUGAACCGGCAUAUUCGUCCCAGCUCCUUAUUUUUUCCCUGUCUCUUGUUUGUCGAACGUCUUGACACUGCCAACUUUUAUCUUUCCCCAUCUCUGGUUUCUGAUCUGUCUUCGAAUCCAAACGAAACCACUCAUUUAAUUCCUUCAAUGACUGAAUUUUAUAGAAUCGACAGCGGGUCAUUCAGGUUAUGAUAAUUUAGAUACGCUACAUAAAUUUAACUACAGCCUUCUUCAAGGAAAAUGGCGGAGAGGAAGAGCAGUGUUUUUUCUAUAAUUAGGUAAUGAGUUAGGAACUCGGGGAUUUAGAAAGUUGGGAAUUAAAUGUCCCCCAAUUUUUACAAGUUGUCUCUUCCAUCGCAAUUUCCAAAUUAUUUCAUUCCAAAUAAAACCCAAGUCUAUAAAUAUCCACAAUUCUAUCGGUCGCAGAAAAUAUUGGGUCAGGGAAGUUAAAUUUAAACUGUUCCGUCUUUUGUUAAAAAGUUGUAUUUUAUUCGAACCACCCCUACAUUUCGUUUGGGUUGCGAUUGACCCGUUUGACGAUUUCCUUCGACUCGUCCAAAGAAAAAAACGCGAAGGAAAACAGAUUAUUCACUGUCCAACGAUUCGAGUCAUAGUUUUUAGAUCCAGAUCUUUAGAUUCUUAUCGUAAGCAUGAUCGAUCAAUUUGACGUACCGUGUUUGAGCAAGGAGACACUGUAUCCGUGGAAAAAUAGGACACGAUAUACGACUCGUAUCGAUCCUUGGCCAAAGUUUGCUAGUGAAACAGAGAGUUUUUAGUAAAACAGGUCGAAGCUGAUAUCUGUCGUGAAAAAAUUCAAUUCAGCGAGAAAUUCUGCUCUGAUAUGUCCAUUGUUGAAUCGAAAGUUUAGAUGAGCACGUUGAACGUUAACGCAUUCGCGACUGCUUGAGGUUUCUAUAAUUUUAUAACUUCUGACGUUCAUAUUUUUUUAUAGAAAUCGUAGAAAGUUUUCUUCGUUAGAUCAUGAGAGUCCGGUAAUAAUUUUCUUCGUUUACGAUGGGACCAUUCGUUUACGAACAAUCGAAUUUUCUUCCCACACUUUUAGUUCCAAAAUUUGUCUGAUCUCGAAAGUGUUAAACGAUUGUUCAACUGCGUAAUUGUACAAAAUUCAGUUGUUUUACAGCUCGAGGAAAAUACGAUUUCACGAGCAAGGAAUGUUUAGAAAAUACUUAACGUAAUCUGUAAGUAGGUAGGUAUAGCUUGCAAUUUUUCUAGGACACGAAAAUAUUUAUUUUUAUUCGAGCUAAGGUAAGAGAACUCUUCGACGUUCGACGUGAACGAUAAAAAACUGAGGAAUCUAAGACUUUCGUGUAUCGAAUGCAUUCGAUUUGAAAAAUGUUGCAUUUGGAUGUUUCUUCUGUUUCUCAUUCCAAAAUGUACGUUUAAGUUCGGACCAUAUUAUUUCCUCGAGCAAUUUCUUCGAAAAUUAUCGUUCCUUGGUCCCUUAGUUGAACAUAGAAGUUUUGCGAAGAAUUUUGUGAAAAUUCUGUGAAGAUCGCAAUGCAAGAAUUGGGCUCAAUCUUCUAUACAGGCAUGGGCACUUUUAACUGCCUCAAACUAGCUUCAGACCUCGAACAUUCUAAACUAGAGUCUGAAAGUUCAGUCAUUUAAAUUCAAAAUUUGAAAUUCGUCAAACUCGAAGUAUGCUUCCGAGUGCAACUUGGAACAGUCCAAAUUCGAAAUGUCGGAAUCCUUCAAACUUUCGAGCUUCAAGUUCGACCCCGAGUGUUCCAAGAACGCUCGAAAUGUUCUAAGAACGAUUUCUAGAACUGUUUUAGCAAAAUAGGUUCGAAAUAAUUCGGGGCAGUUCGUCGAGCAAUUUCGCCCAUGUCUGAUUUAUAUUCUUGAAAGACUGGCAAAUGGCAUUUUUCCAGGGGAAUUCGAAAGAAACGACAGAGAUGGAUGACGGUAAAUUAAUUUAGAUAGUAACGAAUGAAUGCGUACGCAUGCGUGAACCGGGUAUGAAAGAGAGGGAGAGAUGAUUUCAAAUUACGCUCGUAUUUUUGUGCUAGAAGUUUAACGACGACGAUAAACAACCGAAGAGUGACGAAAACAUGGGAGUUGUAGAUUAUUAGCAUGAGCGUGGCGAGCGUGAAUAGCAGAGCGGAACAAAAUGUAUUGUAUUAUAUUAAAUGAGACAGAUAUUGUUUAAAUAAAAUUGAUAUA